UUCGUUGUGUUACUAGCGGCAGCAGUUUUAUCUGUAGUAGGAGAAGAAAGAGGCGGGGUAGAUAGUUGUGCUGUGCAUUUGUUUGUUUUUUUUUUCCACAUUAAUAUUUUGAUUAAAUAAAAUCGUCUUGGUUAUUAAAACUUUAACUGGAUAUGGAUGUGCGAUUGUAAAAGUAAACAGGUUGCAGCAGUAACCCACUCAGGGGCCGGCGAGGACAAGCCGGGAAGUGGAAUUGUUUUUGUUCUUAUUUGCAGGCCUGGCUGGUGAUGCACAACCUAGAAGGAGAACAGCCAGGACGGCAUCUUUAAGAAAAGGUUGUACUGAAGUCUUCCAUACUUUACUGCAGGUAUUGGGUACUGCAUCAGCAGAAAAUAAGCAUCACUGCACAAAGAUUUAACUGACUGCUGUAAACUGGAAGGGAAUAUUCCAUUGUUUGAUAUUAACAUGUCAAUUACUAGCACACCAACUAGCAACGAUGCCUGCCUAAGUAUUGUUCAUAGCCUGAUGUGCCACCGGCAGGGAGGAGAAAGUGAAACAUUUGCAAAACGAGCUAUUGAAAGCUUGGUGAAGAAACUAAAAGAAAAGAAAGACGAAUUGGAUUCUUUGAUUACUGCAAUAACCACAAAUGGAGCACAUCCUAGCAAAUGUGUCACAAUCCAGAGAACUCUGGAUGGAAGACUUCAGGUGGCUGGGCGCAAAGGUUUCCCACAUGUAAUUUAUGCUCGUUUGUGGAGGUGGCCUGAUCUUCACAAAAAUGAACUAAAACAUGUGAAAUACUGUCAGUAUGCUUUCGAUCUUAAGUGUGACAGUGUCUGUGUGAACCCCUAUCAUUAUGAACGUGUAGUUUCACCUGGCAUUGAUCUCUCUGGAUUGACAUUACAGAACUCAGCUCCAUCAACUUUGCCAGUAAAAGAUGAGUUUGGUCACGAGUAUGGUGAGGCACAGCAAUCUUUAUCUGCAGCCGAAGGACAUUUACUUCAGACUAUUCAGCAUCAGGCAAGUACUAGACCAGCUGCUGCAGAAACCUUCAGCAACCCUGCUUUGUUGGUACCUUCCGAGGCUACUGCUGUGAGCACUGCCAACUUUGCCAGCAUUCCUGUGGCUUCUACAAGUCAGCCAAGCAGUAUGCUGCAAAGCAGCCACAGUGAUGGGCUUUUACAGAUUCCUUCAGUACCUUCCCAAGGAACUCAGCAGAAUGGUUUCCCACCUCAGCCAGCUACUUACCAUCACAGCAGCAGUACGACAUGGAGUGGAAAUCGGCCAGCAUCAUAUACUCCCAACAUGCCACAUCACCAGAAUGGACAUCUUCAGCAUCACCCCCCUAUUCACCAUGCUGGGCACUAUUGGCCAGUUCACAAUGAACUUGCAUUUCAGCCUCCUAUAUCAAACCACCCAGCUCCUGAGUAUUGGUGUUCAAUUGCAUACUUUGAGAUGGAUGUUCAGGUUGGAGAAACUUUUAAAGUACCCUCCAGCUGUCCAAUCGUUACAGUCGAUGGAUAUGUGGAUCCUUCUGGAGGAGAUCGCUUUUGUUUAGGUCAACUAUCCAAUGUUCACAGGACAGAAGCCAUUGAAAGAGCCAGGUUGCAUAUCGGUAAAGGAGUACAGUUAGAAUGUAAAGGAGAAGGAGAUGUCUGGGUGCGAUGUCUCAGUGAUCAUGCAGUGUUUGUUCAGAGCUACUAUCUGGACAGGGAAGCAGGACGUGCACCUGGAGAUGCUGUUCAUAAGAUCUAUCCAAGUGCAUACAUUAAGGUUUUUGAUCUUCGCCAGUGUCACCGUCAGAUGCAACAACAGGCUGCCACUGCACAGGCCGCUGCUGCUGCCCAGGCCGCAGCUGUGGCUGGAAAUAUACCUGGACCAGGCUCAGUUGGUGGCAUUGCUCCAGCUAUCAGCCUUUCAGCAGCUGCAGGAAUUGGUGUGGAUGACCUUCGCCGCUUGUGCAUCCUUAGGAUGAGUUUUGUAAAAGGAUGGGGACCUGAUUACCCAAGACAAAGUAUCAAGGAAACCCCUUGCUGGAUUGAGAUUCAUUUGCACCGUGCUCUGCAGCUCCUUGAUGAAGUACUUCAUACCAUGCCAAUAGCAGAUCCACAGCCUCUAGAUUGAGGCCUUCAUAAUGGCUGAACAGUGAACUUUUAAAUGCAGUUUUGUGCAUAAUCCGAGGACAUAUUUUAUCAAUAUUUGACUUGAUUCGAGCAACACAGAAACAAGAGAUUAACAGCAGAUUUAAAAUCUCUUGUAUUUCCCUGUGGGUAGAACUGGUAACAGAACAUUGACCUUGAUUACUGUAUUUUGAAACAUCAAGUGAUUUUAUAUGUUUUCUUUAUUGUAGGUCUGUGACCUAGAUACUAGAUAAGGGAAAAAAUAGAUUAUGGUUGUGAUUUGGCAACCCACUUGGCAUGUCCCCUGAGCACUGUAGCCUCUACCAUAAUUUUUUUUUAAAUAAAUUACUUCUGUGCAACAGAAAAAACAACAAAAAUUUAGUCCUUAAACAACCAGCAUUUAAGAAUUAUGUCCAUGUAUGUUGGGGUUCUCCAGUUGUUGCCGAAAUGUGAGGAGGCAUUGUGGAUCUCUACAUAAACUAGCUUUUAUGUGGAAUGCAGGAGAUUUCACCUUCUACUCACUCGCUCGCUCUCUCUUGUUAUCCCUCUGUCUGUCCCUCCUUGCUAUCUUUUUCUGUAAAUGCGCACACUAAAUUAUCACCCACGUUUGAGAUAAUAUUUUUCAUCAGGUCACUUAAUGAUGUCCCUGUGUAUUUUGUUUUAAGGCAGUGUAGGAAGUGUUUGCAAGGACUGCCAGAAUCAUACAUGCUAUUUUUUUCGAUAUUCUUGAUCUUCUUCCUCACAACAUCAGUACUUAUUAUUUUUGUCAUUUUAAAUAGUCUGAUACGGACAGUAGCAAAGACUUGAAAGAUGGAUGGGAAUCUAGCAUUUUUAGUGUGAGUAAUGUUUUCAAAUGCAGCAGCAGUGUUUAUAUGCUUAUAUAAUGCAGCUUUGCUAGUAAAUCCAUUCUCAUUUUUAACAGUUUUUACAGACAUAUCACAGUGUCUGCUGGUUCAUUGAUAAUGCAGAAUCUUUUAUUUGCUGUUUCAUCUGAAUACAAUAAGGUUUUGCAAAAUGAAAAUUAUAAACCCCACACAGGUUGCCUUAGCCAAAUGGUGCUUCCUCCAUGGGUGUCUGUUUGAUCUAGCAGAGUUUGACUGUGUUUCAUUAUAUUGUAGCAUAUUAUCUGGGCUGCAAAGAAGUGCAUGUAUUUAAUUUUUGCUGCGUGAGAUGACAUUUGACAAAUAUCUUUUCACUGAGUGCCAUCAGUACUGAAAUUUGAGACCUGUGUAGUAUGUGAGCCAAGACCAUUUUUGUCACCUCCAUGUCCCUUAGCUGAAGUGAAAAAAAUAUUUCCAGUGGGGAAGUCAUAAAUAUGGUGUGGAGGGGGGUGUUGGAGUCCGUAUUUUAACUAGUGUAAUCUUUUUACACUAGGAAGGAGUGUGCUUGAGUUGAAUAAAUGCUUUGAUGUCACUUUCCAUUUCUGGCCAAAUGGUCUGCGUGGAAAUAUGUUCAUUGAAGUACUAUGAUGUGAAAAUUUGCUUAAAUGCUUAAGCUGGCUAGAAAGAACAAUUUACCAUUGUUUAUGCUUUUUAACAGUCUGGGUUUUUAUUUCGAGGUAAUGGCUACGUUAGCACUUUAAUGACAAUUGUGUUUUGUAAUAUUUGUUCACUUAAGCUUAGCCAACUGAGAUGCAUUUAUUUUGUUCAGCUGAAAAUCAAAUUAAGUUUGUGUUUUACUUGUUAGUCUAAUGGGUAUUCUUGGGCCAAGUUACAAGUUAAAUGUAGCUUGAAAACUGUCCAAUCUUAUAUGUGAAUUUUUUUUUUGUUCUGUUCAUUAGAUUAAAAUACAGGCCUGAUUAGAACACUAAGGGAACAUCUGGGUUAUAUUUCUCAAGUCCUGCUGAUAUUUGCAGUCUUUCAUUGAGCAAUGAAUAAACAUUAGAACAGAAUCAGAAUGCUUCAAUUUAAACUGCAUGUGCUACCAGUUAAAUAACAGGUGAACCAUAAAUGGAAAAAAAGGAAGUGUCCUUGGAAAUUUACUGUAUUUAUUGAAGCAAGUCAUGCAUGCUUGAUUAUUCACUAACAAUUGAGACUCGUUUAAAUAAUUUAAAGAUAAUUGUAGUGUAUUGGGAUUUUUGUCAUAUUUGAUGACUUUACACUGCUGUGACAUUCUUUUGCAGGGUGUUUUCUAGUUGACCAACCUCGCACUUUUUUUAAACUGUUAGAAUGUGUAGAAUUGCUGGAAGAUGAGUCCACCCAUUAUCCCCAUGAUUUCAGAAAGUGUUUGAACAAUACUAAAAUAAACAUGUACGAGAGGCCUUAGGGAUUCAACUUCAUUGAAGUCUACUGCAUGCCGUAUGUGGUAUAGCUGAUGAGUAGUUUUCAUAUCAACUUGAGUAACAUGUUCAACUGUAGAAUUUCCAAGAUGACUUCAUAUGCCUCUUGAAAUGGUUAAGAUUUGGAAUUUACUCUUCCAUUGUCCUCAGCUCAGAAUAUUUUUUCUAGUUUAAGUACUCAAGCACGCAUGCAUCCUGCUCAUACAUGCCAUUGCAUCAUAUGCUGAACUGUGGGAAAGCACCGAGCCCUUAUUAAACUUAUUUUUUUCUAUUUGUAUAGAUCGGUCAUUAAUCUUUUGUAUACAUCACAAACAAAAAAAAAAUUCCAGCAUUCAGUACCUGACAUGUCAAAAACAUUUUUCAAUUUGCACAAUUUUAAGCAAGCAUCCAAACCAGCACUGCUGUAGUACUUGGGAGCAGAAUGUGAAAUGAAGCAUUGCCAGCGUUCAGCCAUUCAGUGAAGAAGAGGAAAUAAUUGAUUGCUUUAUCAAUUAUUCUCAAGGUGGUAGCUGUAGUGCUUCAACAGCACAGGACUAGAAUGUAGUCCCUAACUCAUAUCCAGGCAUUUGCAGGAAGAGCAUGAGAAGGUAAGGAAGUCAGAGAUUAGACAUUAACAGAAUUUCCUGUUAAUGUCCAUUUAUUUGGUGGCUUUACAGUCCUUAUGAGUUGGAAGUUGCACCUCAGUUAGUGAGGGGGUUGAGGUCCCUCACAUCUGAUGUUGGCAUUCUUUGGGGGGGGGGGGCUCACCCCUAGUGUCCUGUACAUCUCCCCCAUGUUAUUCUGUCUAUAACAUGCCUGUGCCUAGUUUACUGACAUGGAUUAGAUUUUCAGGAUUUAGCAAAGGCUUGACACUUUUAGUUGGGACUGAUGACUGAUGUCGUGCUGCUCAGAUGACAUCCAACUCCACCCCAGAGCCUGGCUUCUCAUUUAGAAUUCUGUUCUAGCUUGUUGUGCAUACCAGCUGAAGUCUCAAAAUUGAAGCUACUAGAAAGCUUUGCAUUCAUUAUAUAGGUUCUCUGUCUGGCAAGAAAGAGGUAUCCCUGUGCUGACUUAAUCUCUUAGCUUACACCUGAUCUGAUUUACUCUGACACCAUUAGGAAGUUAUUUUGCUGUCAAGCUACAAAUUUGAUAUCCAUGCACAUCACAUCCUCACAGGGAGCAGAAUUGUAGCCUAGUAUGGACUGCUGAAGAGGCUUUACAUCUUUUUCUGUCUUUGAAACGCUUGUCCAUUUUUGGUUACAUGUCUGCCUUUUGAGUAGUUUGGUUUGGCAGCUCUGAAAUUUAUAUCUGCAAAGGCACUUUUCUCAGUGACCAUCACCACUGCUUGCAAGUACUCCAGGCUGCAGGCCUUGCAGCAAGCAUUUCCUUUAAAAAUAACCCUUAUUUUCCUAUAGAAAUAGUUUCACAUUUGACAUUAAACCGGUUAAUUCAUCUCCCUGUUUUCUUUGUUGAAGUAGAAGCCAAAGAGAACCCCUUUACCUCUUUAUACCUGUAUGUAUUGUCAAAUCAAAUUUUACCCGAAAAAGAGUGGACGGGUUCAAAAAGUGCAUAGCUUACUUUUUCUGCAUGCACUCUUUCCGUAAGAAUUGCUAAGUGCUUCAUGUUUUGCCAUCAGGUGGCUAACCACCCUGUUGUUGCUGUAGGCCACUGUACCAGGAAAAGGACGGUUUCUGGUGCUUGUUUGAUAAAUGUUUUGAUUUGUGGACAUUUGUGCCAUAAUACUUGUUUUUUUGGUUCACAGUUUCACCAGGCAAUAUUGCUUCAAACAUAAUUUAGGAGUUAAGCUUCCUGUCAUUGUUUUCAUCACUUAACCUUCAGAACCUUCUCUUGCUUGUAGUCCUUUGUUUGACUGUGGCUUCCUGGGAAGCUUAGUUUUCACUUCUUGGGAAUUCUCUGUAGUUACGAUAUGCAGAACCCUUCCAAAGAUGGAUGAAGUAGAUUGGUUGAUAUUUGAAGAUGUCUGCACAUCUUCAAUGGUUGGUAAUUACACUGCAGUCCCUUCAAUGUCUGUAUAGAUUUUUUUGAAAUUCCAUCACGUAUGUAAUUUAUUAUGUUUUUUCUUAUUUAUUUAUUUUUUUUUUUUGUGGGUUUCCUGUCUUGAAGUUUUUGCUUGCUUAGAGGAUGGGGUUCAAACUGUGUUCUAGAGGGUUAGGUGUGAUCUUUCAGACAGACGUAUGAUGCCUUGGUGUGCACUGUCAGGAAGGAUGUCCACCCACAGGCAGAGAAACUAGGGAUGAUUCAGAAUGUGCCCAGUUUGAAGAUAGUGGAAGAGGGAAUCACAGCUUUUACCUACUGCAGAAAGCAUUGUCACAGAUGUAAAUAGAUACAUUUUUGUUUUCUUUUCAGGUUUGUCUUAACAGUGACAUAUUACCACUUUAUAAUAGCAUAUCUCUGUCAUUUUGGGCUAGUAUCCAUUUUUUGCCUCAGAACAAGAAGUGUUAACGUAUUUGAAAUGUUACAAUUAGGCAAUUAGGUGUGUGUGUGUCUGUAGACAGUUAGAUGUACCCCCCACCACACACACACAAUUUUGGUUGAUCUUGUCAUUUUAUAAGCCCACUGGCUUUAUCUCGUUAAUGUUUUGGUUAAUUGUUUUGUAAGCCCACUGGCUUCAUCUCUCUCUCUCUCUCUUUAGCUGUCUCUUUGUCACUCUCUCUAUGUGUACAUAUACAUACACACAGUCACAUCAGUCAUGGCAAAGGUUCUAAUGGUUGUCAAGAGAAUGAAAAUGGCUUGGGAAAGAAUAUUUGUUUUUUUAUGACACUAGUAUAACAAUGUAUUGUUGGAAUAAUGGUCUGUGUGUUAGCUCUCCCUAACGUAUCAAAGGAUGUUUAUUUCAUUUGCUGGAUUUCAGUAUUUUUUUUUUUCUCUAUUGAUAACAGAUGCCAAAGAAUAGCUACCAGUCCUGUCUUGUUGAGCAUCCAUGUAUGGUGACAUUUUUCCAUCCUAUGUAAUGUAAAUUUAGCAAUGGUACCUUGAUUGGCAAAAAAGGAAAUUAGUUAAUAUUGGUGUUGAACAGACUUUACACAGUGAUGUAAGCAUAUUGUGAAUGUCAGUGUCAGAAAAGUCUCAAAACAGUCAGGCAAAUGCUAUUUAAAUUAAGUGAACACUGAAAGCUUUAAAUAAACUCAAUUUCUGAGGACAAAUGUACCUGAACAGAGUGCAGUCACUGAGAUAGAACUUGCAGAAUAUUUAUCUUUUUGUAGACAGCAUAUUUUUUUAUGCAAGAGGCAUAAUAGCUGCUGUCUUCUCACAUAAUGUAUCUACCUUUUUACACUGGACUGCACAUUUUGGGUAUGUAAUUUGGGAGAUUAACAAACUCCCCUUGUUGGUGCCUCCAAAUGGGUCUUUUUUAGGAAUUUGACAAACAGUGACAGUCUCAAAUAGAGUGGCCCCCUGUGCAUUAUGUUUCUGUCUUGUGCCUAUUUAUUGUCAGAAUAGGUCCCAGCUCCUAUUUGACCAUGAAUUGAAUAAAGCAAGUAUUAGAGAAUGAAUGAAGAGCAAAACUUCAACACUGAUCCUGUGAAUUGCAGAGUUUGCACCAGUAUCAUUGACAGGUAUCUAGCAGAUAAUGUACAAAUCCACUCAAGAAAUUACACAAACAUUUGUUGGCCAAAGCCCGAAUCUUUCAGAGAGGGACAGGUUAGUCCCUAGUUUCAGUUUCAUUUUUGCACUGUUGAAACAAUAUGCAGAUGUGAUUUUGUUACGUAUUUUGAUGUACAAUGACAGUAUGUUGACAUCCGUGCAGUUCCAGCAAAUAUGAAGAAAGGAGAUAAGCAGGUAUGAAAGUCCGUUAUGGCUGUGUGUUGAGAUGGAUUGUCCAAUUUGCUGCAUGGGGCAUUCUUUUGAAUUAAACCUGCAUAUUGACAAACAGUUGAUCAGAUACAGUAUUAGACAUGUGCAAUCAUCAAAAGUCAUUCAGAAUUUAUUUUGUUUCAGUAUAUUAACAUUUUAAUUAAGAAUAAACAUUUUUAAUGUUU